UCAGAAAUUGUACGUUCUUUUUUUUUUUUUUUCUGCGCAUCUCUCUCUCUCUCUCUCUCUCUCUCUCUCUCUCUCUCUCUCUCUCUCUCUCUCUCUCUCUCCAUGCCAUCGUCUCCUAUUUAAGCCCACCAUCGCUAGCCACCAACCAGCACAAGCAAACCAGAGGAUAGAAUUCAAAAUCAGCAAGCUAUCUGAUCUGCAGGUGAUUCUGAAAAUGGCAGCCAAUAAGAACAACGACCUCGUGAUUCUGAACGACGACCAGCUGAGGGAGCUCGCCGACAUAAUCCGCCACCAGGAAGCCACCAUCAUCCACCAGACCAAAUUCCGCACCCAAAAGGAGCGCGACCAGUACCUCUACGACAGCAAAUCCAACCAAGAGGAAGUCCUCGCCCUCCUCGCCAUCGGCGAGCAAGCGAAGACCAAGCACCAAACCGACGCCGUUAAGAGCCCUAUUGCCCAAGACUUGUACCUCUACAUCGUCAACUGCUGCAACAGUGCCCUCCAGACCGCUCCCAACUACCACGUCAGAAAGGACUACCUCCAGAAAAUACACAACCACGUGGACGAGCUCGUCAACGUCGUCAAUGACCUGGACGCCGCCGACCGAAACGCCGUCGUCGUGGUUAGCGACGGCGUGGCCCAAUACAAGAACGCCAUGUUGACUUACACAGUGCAGUUCAAGAGCACCCUCUCCUCCAACUUCUCCAAGGCCGUCAAGGACGAAGGCAUCAAAUACGAGAACUUCGUGCAGAGGUAUGUAAACAAGAUUGGAUUCCAAGGACACUUCAAAGACCUAAGUGAGGUACAAAAGACAAAGGUAUAUGAGUCAAUUAUUACUGAAUCGGGACGAGAAUCAUUUCCAAUCAAGGAUCUAAUAUCUGCAACAUCUGAAGUUAAAGGCAUUGCUGUGACUGUUUAUAAAGUAGGGUCAGUGGUGUGGGACAUAUUCUCAUCGGAACACAAGCUUAAAACAGUAACUCGUGAUGCUGUAGUACUUGCGGCGAAAGAGGGUGGUUCAGAGCUUGGGGAAGUCAUUGGGGCAGCAUUAGCCACUGACUUGCUAGACGCAGAAGCAGAGGCACUGUUUGUUUCUUUGGCAGGAAUAGCAGGGGGUAUCGUUGGGUCUUUUAUUGUGGGGAUAUUUGCAGGUUGGUUGAUGGAUUCCAUUUUAAGUACCGCAAGCUUUCCCAGCGACACGAAAAAGCUUCACUGCUAUGUCUCUCCCUUGCCAGAUGGUGUGGCUCUCGCUCGUAUAAUUGCACAUGACACCACACAAGAUUCUAGCCCUAAACCUAUAAAUUAAUGAGUUGGUACACUUGUAUAAAGAAAUACUUCAUGGGGACCUUAAUUAAUUCCUCGUAAAAUUUGCAACUCACUAAUCACAAAAUAUUAUGUUAGCAUUUGAAAACAAGUAAGAUGCAUGCUUUGAUCAUGUCCAUCCACACCUCUUUGAUGAGUUCAAAUGCUAAUAUGAAACUUUGUGAUUAGAAGUUACAAAUUUUAAAUGAAGAGACUCUAUGUCCCUUGUAGGUCUUUCUCGUCUUUAUAUACACAACCCAUAACGAAUAUCGGUUGUGAAUCAAUAAGGCUUUAUAAAUUAAGAGAAGUUGUUCUAUAUAAAUAUAUUAAUAAUGAAAUAAAAAAAUUUGUACAAGUGGGUAUAUAUUGGGAAAAAACUUCUCCUUUCUUUACCUGCCCACUUGUGUCCAACUAUUGUCAACA